GAAGAGGCUCAUAGAAAAACAGAAAGAAGAGGAGAGAAAGGAAGAGGAAAGAAAGCUGAAAAUUGAGAAAGAAAGACUAGAGAAGCAGGAGCAGGAGAGAAAAAUGCAAGAGGAACUGGAAAGAAGGCAGGCAGACCAACUCAAAGAAAAGCAAAGACUAGAGGACGAGAGAGAAACAAAGCAAUCUGGGUUGAACAACAUGCAAGAGGAGAGUUUGGUGCGCAGAUCAAAGCCUCAUCUAAACUAUUUUGAAUCUGAAGAUUGGCCUCAGGAGUCAAAAUCACCACAUUCCCCCUCACCAAACACCUCUGGGCCCACAGAGAAUCUGAUGGAUGUGGUUUAUGAUGACUUCUCGGUCAAACAGAAUCCGAUCAACAUAGAAUUUGAUGAUUUUUCAGUCAAACCGAUAAAAGUGCUCUCACGGCGUAAAACAGAAAGCAAUCCAGUUUUCCGUAGUUGGGAUGACUUUCUGGAUAUAGAGGAAGUGAAGGGACUGGUGCCUGUGGAUGUCAAAACUGAGAGAGCCAAGGAAGACAAAAUGGAAAAACCAGAGCAGUGUCCGAAUACACCUCCUUUGCAGGAGAGAGAAUGGGUGGAGGAGAUAAAAGAUGAGCCAGAAGAGGAGCAGCUCAUCUCUCUAGACGUGAAGAAAGAGGAGCAGCUCAUCUCUCUAGACGUGAAGAAAGAGGAGCAGCUCAUCUCUCUAGACGUGAAGAAAGAGGAGCAGCUCAUCUCUCUAGAUGUGGAGGAGGAGGAGAAGCACAUCUCUGUAGAUGUGAAGAAAGAGGAGCAGCUCAUCUCUCUAGACAUGAAGAAAGAGGAGAAGCACAUCUCUGUAGAUGUGAAGAAAGAGGAGCAGCUCAUCUCUCUAGAUGUGGAGGAGGAGGAAGAGGAGAAGGAGACAGAAACCGAGGAUGAGGACGAGAUGGAAGAAGACAACCAAGAGGAUCAGACCAACAGUUUCUCCACAAAAAAUGAAGACAAGGACACCGAUGCUUUGAUAGACUUUGGCCUUAAUCAUGACCAGCAGGAUCCAGUCUGGGAACAAACACCUGAAAGAAACAGUCCACAGCCAGUCCCUGACGAAGUACCUGAAGUCUCAUCUGAAGACACCGCCGAUGAUCUGAAAGAGCCAGAGUUUGCCCCUUUUCCCGAGAGCUCCACUCCUCUCCUUGACACCAGUGCACAAAGAUCCAAGGCGGAUCUGGGAAAGAGGCGUAUUCGAACACGUCCGUCACGCAGGCUGACCGCAGGGUUAGCUCAGACGGAAACACAGGAUUGGGGGACCCAGGACUCCACAGUUGAAAAAGAGACAGUUGCAAAAGAAAGGGAGUCAGAUUCUGAGGAAGAACAGCCUAAACCCAAGGUAGUCUGUUCCCCGUCCCAGCGAGUGCCAGUGUUUCCUGGUAUGAGUCCUGCAGGCUUGCUUGCUCAACUUAAAAGGAAAACAGGUGGUGGAGGAACUGCAGUGAAAGAGGAAACCGUAGAAAGCAAAGCUAGCGAAGAGAAGGAACAUCAAGAUGAAGAAGUGGCACCAUCUUCCGUGGAGCUCUCACAUUCUCCUCGCACGCCUGCCCGUCUGGCUGGAGCUACACGGGUGCUGCCACUCAUAGGCAACAAAGAAGAAGGUGGUGCCUCCUCGCCUGCUUGGCUGAAAGAGCUGAAAUCUAAGAAGCGUAUGAGUCAGCACGGCAGUGACGCUUAGCCAGACUGAGGAAAUACCGUGCCAUUGCCAUUGAGCUCAGCUGCUGCUGCUGCCGGCAGACAUGACCGCUCCAUCGUGUGCCCAGAGUGCCUUAUUUUGUACCUUCACUGGGAUGUUCACUUUUGCUGAACGCGCCUUUGAAAUUGAAUAUAAUGCCAAGUCUACGUGCCUGUGAUGUUUUAAUGCCAAGUACAUGUUAUAUGAAAUGUUGUUUAAGAAACUCAGUGGAGAGCAAAUACCCCAGUGUCAUUUGGAGCAAAGUCAUGGACUGUCUGCCUGGAUUGUGUAAAUUUGUAAGACUGUCAUGUACUGACAGGGACUGAUGACACUAGGCCUUUAGCAGGAUAUCUACAUUCACACACACGCAGGCCUUUUUAUAGUUGUGAGGACACUCGUUGAUCACAUUGCCUACCCGCUCUCCCAACCCAACUCUUGUCAUGUUCUAAAUCCAAUUUUAACCGCAUCAUUAUCAUCAAGUGUGAACCCUCGAAGAGACCUUUGAGGCUCUGGAUCCUCACAAUGCAGAAGUUCCCUCACUGUGAUGUAGAAUUAUUUUUUUUUAAUCCUCAUAAACACAGAAAUACACGGAUGAGGAAACACAUGUGUACAGAAUUACAAAAUAUAAAUAAUGCACCUUGUGUGUAUUUAGUUUUAAUUGUACAAAAAUGCCUUUUAUAUUGUUUAACCGAUCACAAAGCAUCUCAAGUAAGGCUUGAAGCACUUUAAGAAAAGUUCUAGCAAAUUACCGUCCAAACAGCAGUAGAGUAAAAACUGUAGUGACAGAAUCCCGGGAUUUUUUUGUGCCUUCUUCAUUUUGUUACAUCAUUAGUGUCUAUCUACUUUUUAAAACAAGAUCUCACAAGGCUUAAUUAAGUACUGCCUGAUUUGUUUAACCCACCCACUAGCUGGUUAGAGCGUCAACAGUGGGCUGAGAGGAUAUUUCUGGGGUGCAAUAACAGAGUCAGAAAAAAAAUGUUUAAAGGAGAAAAAUGCAAUAAUGUGCUGGAGGUUUUAUGUGCCUUUUUAAUGUUUAAGAAUGAAUGUCAUCAAAAUGGAAUUCAUUAUUGAUCAACUUACUGUAUGUUAGUGGGAAAUUGGGGGAAUUUUAUUAAAAUGUUUUCUAUGAAAUGAAGUUGAGUGUAUUAUUUAUUUGUUGGUUGAUUGAUUUAUUUUGGACAUUGAACUUCCUAUUGCAUGUAUUCAGUGGCAGUAAAGCAUAGAUACAUUAACUGGGCAAUAUAUUAGGUACACCUUACUCAUACUGGGUUGGACACCCUUUUCACCUUCAGAGCUACCUUAAUCCUUUGUGGCAUAGAUUCAACCCAGGAGCUGGAAACAUUCCUCAGAGAUUUUGUCCAUAUUGUCAUGAUGGCAUCAAACAGUUGCUAGAUAUUCAGCUGCUGCGCAUCCAUGAUGUGAAUCUCCCUUUCCACCACAUCCCAAAGGAGCUCUAUUGGAAUGAGAUGUGGUGAUUGUGGAGGCCAUUUGAGCACAAUGAAAUCACUGUCAGGUUCAAGAAAUCACUUUGAGAUAAUCUGAGCUUUCUGUCACCUGUGUUAUCCUGCUGGAAGCAGCCAUCAGAAGAUGGGUGUACUGUGAUCAUUAAGGGAUAGACAGGGUCAACAACAAUACUGCGAUGUUUAAAUAAUUCUCUGUUGGUAGCAAAGGGUGCAGGAAAAUAUCCCUCCACAUCAUCACACCAGCAGCAGCCCAAACUAUUGAUAUAAGCCCGGAUGGAUUCAUGGUCUUAUUUUGUUUAUGCCAAAUUCUCACUCUAUGCUCUGAAUGUUACUGCAGAAAUCAAGACUGGGAAAUGUUUUUCCAAUUUUCCAUUGUGCAAUUCCAGUGAGCUUGUUUGAACUGUAGCCUCAGUUUCUUGUUCUUCGGUGAUAGGAGUGGCACCCAGUGUGGUCCCGUCUGCUUCAAGGUUCAAUGUGUCAUUUGUUCAGAGAUGGUCUUUUGUAUACCUUGGUUGUAAAAAAAUGGCUAUUUAAGUUACUUUUUUCAUCCUAUCAGCUCAAAGCAGUUUGGUCAUUGUCCUCUAACUUUUGGCAUCAUCAACCAGGAAUUUUCACCCAGAGAACUGCAGCUCACUGGAUAUUUUCUUUUUUUUUGAACCAUUCUCUGUAAACUCUAGAGAUGGUUGUGUGUUAAAUCCCAGUAGAUCAGCACUUUCUGACAUAUUCAGACCAGCCCAUCUGGUAUUAUGCCAGAUUCAAAGUCAAUUAAGUCAUCCUUUAUGCUCCAUUCUGAUUCUCAAUUUGAACUUCAGGAGGCCGUCUUGACCACAUGCCUAAAUGCACUUUUAAUGCAGUUUCAGUGUCAAUGUGAUUGAUUGCUUAGAUAACAAGCAGUUGAAUAGGUGUGCCUAAAAAGUGUUGAGUGACUUCUUCAAUUGUGUUUUACAAAUCCUUUUGCUCUUGUCGUUUUUUUGGAGUUAUUCAUAAAAAUGUGCCUAUUCUUUUGAAAUUGCACAUAAAGGGAAAAUUUGGAUGCAAUUUCUGUUGGGAACUGGAUGAAGAGAAAGGUAAAGAAAGGGGUAGAAGAGUGGAGAGUGGAGAGCAAGAUAGCUGGGUGGGGCCAAUAGUGCUGAGUGAGACUGAUCUCUGUUCAUUCUCUUGGCUGGCAGUCAGAGCUUGUACCCACUAUAGGAUCAUGGUCAGGAUGGCAGCACAGGCAGAGAGCUGGGCAGCGCUUGCCAGUGUGCCAGGGACAGAGGGCAAUCCUAUUGAGAAGCAGUGUGAUGGACACAAUGGGUGCGACAGACUUGCUGCAUCAACAGGCUUUUUGCUGCUGUGGCUAGAAAUAAACCAUAAAUACCCCCACUGGCAUCCACCAACCGCUCACCAGGCCUCCACACAGAUCCUCACUCAGUCACAGACAGAAAGGGCAAAGAAAAGAAAGAGGGAAGACGGAAAACGUGGCUUGUACGGGGUGCAUUGAAGCACAAGCCAUCAAG